AUGUGUUCUCUCAGAUUUUUCUGCUUCCACCAUGGUCUCUAGCGUUAAUCAGCAUUAACGAAAUCAGCCUUUGAGCACGUUUAAAAAGAGUCUAUAUUUACACAAUAAGAUUUUUUUCAAACUGACUUCAUCGCAAUUUUGAAAUAUGUCAGAUCUAUUUGACAACAAUUCCUAUUCUGACAAGGACAAUAAAGGAAUCGAUCCCGAAUUAGCAGAACUUCUAAUGGUCGAGAAGCAAAAAGCACAAUUCACUGCACAGAUUCACGAGUUCAACGAUUUUUGUUGGGACAAAUGCGUUGAUAAGCCAGGAAGUAAAUUAGAUGGCCGUACAGAAACAUGUAUAAACAAUUGCGUCGAUAGAUUUAUAGAUGUUUCCCUCUUUGUUACAAAUCGUUUUGCACAGUUAAUACAAAACUCUAUAGGAAAGUAAAACUUGCACAGUAUACCAUUAAGGUAUAUUUUAUAUAUAUAUAUAUGAAUUAUAUAGUAUGAUCACAUAUUAAAUCUCAAUAUCACAUUCUUAAUAUUUAUGAAUGUACAAUAAAAUUAUAUGUGAUAAUAAUAA